AAGCUGCUAGCUCAGUUAGCUUGUUGUUGUUCUGGUGUGUGAGGAGAAUAUUUGAGGAGAAUAUUUGAGGCGGUUAGCUCUACUCCGUUAACUCUGGUGACCAAAGGUCCUCUUUUCCAGACUGGAACUGUCCUCAGCUGAUCAGAACCAAAGCGUUGGAUCUUUAAUCUCCUGCGGUGUUCUGAAGCAGCAUCUUAAUCCGUUCUCCUGCAUUGUUUCUAUUGCAGCUGUUAGCUAAACACGGCUAAAGAAAACCUGCUACCACUUUAGGAUCAUCCAUCAGCUGGGACUGAUUCAUCGUGUGUUCUUCACCCCCUGGACCUGGACAGCAUGGACACAGAUGUUCAACAGAUGGUGCAGGUUAAAGAAGAUCCUGAAGAACAGAGUGCUGGUGUGUACCAGCAGGACCCAGAACACCUCCACAUAAAGGAGGAAAAGGAGGAACUCUGGACCAGUCUUAAGGGAGAGCAUCUCCAUUUGAAGGAGGAGACUGAUUCUGCCAGCUUUCAAUUCAGUGCUGUUUCUAUAAAGAGUGAGGAUGAUGAAGAGAAACGUCUGUUUUCACAGCUUCAUCAGCAGCAAAUAGAAGACAGAGAUGUUCCAACUAGCAGCUCAUCUGACCAGAUGACAGCAGAAACAUGUGGAGUAUCAGGAACUAGCAGGAACCUAGAUCUGAACCCUCAUGAACAAACAUCUGAUUCUUCAGAGACUGAAGUUAGUGGAGAUGAUGAUAUGAAUCUAGACCCUGGGAUGUCAGACUCUGGGUCUGAAACUGGAGACGAAGACCAUGACUGGAAUGAGAAAAGGUCUUCUGAGUUAGAUGUUAAUACUGUCAACAUAUCCUUGAGCUGUCCUGAGUGUGGUGAACAAUUUCAUGACAAGCAGUCUCUCCAGAAACAUGUGAGAGUAACCAGUCAUUCAGCAAUAAGGUCUUCCAGCCCUUUGGUUAACAAGAAAUCGGUUAGACUGAAGCAACAUGUAGACUCACAUAGGAAAGUCCAGAAAGAACUAAAAUCAUUUAGUUGUGGUGACUGUGGAAAAAUAUUUAGUAGAAAAUCAAAUUUAAAGGAUCACAUGAGAAUCCACACAGGACAUAAACCUUUUGCUUGCGAGCUCUGUGGAAAAAGAUUAAAACAUAAGUCAACUUUAAACACUCACAUGAAAAUCCACACAGGACAGAAACAGUUUGCUUGCGAGCUCUGUGAAAAAAGAUUUACCCGUAAGUCAGGUUUAAAUGAUCACAUGAGAGUCCACACACGACAGAAACCUUUUGUCUGUGAGCUCUGUGGACAAAGAUUUACCCAAAAGUCGCAUUUAAACACUCACAUGGGAGUCCACACUGGACAGAAACCUUUUGUCUGUGAGCUCUGUGGACAAAGAUUUACCCAUAAGUGGAAUUUAAACACUCACAUGAGAGUCCACGCUGGACAGAAACCUUUUGUCUGUGAGUUCUGUGGAAAAAGAUUUACCCAAAAGUCCAAUUUAAACGAUCACAUAAGAGUCCACACAGGACAUAAACCAUUUGCUUGUGAGUUCUGUGGAGAAAGAUAUGGACAAAAGAAAUUUUUAUUCAAGCACAUGAGUGUCCACACAGGAUAGAAACCUUCUGUUUGUGAGCUCUGUGGACAAAUUUAAAGUGACGGUGUGUACUUUCCCUGGCAAUAGCAUGUAGUAAAAACCUAAAUGAUUGCAAGCAAGCAGUAUUUUUGUGUUCGAGUAAGCCUUUACCAAUGUAAAGUGAAGGCUAUUAGGGUCAAAAAGCUCUGCACUUUUCAAACAUGUACUUCGUCAGAUCUCUGCUUCGGGGGUGGGUGUUUGUGCUCCCGACUGACCCAUGUUCAGUUGUGUCAAGUAUUUUAGACUUCUGUGUUUUUACACUGCUUUUAACUCAUUCACUGCCAGCUGUUUCCUGAUCAGAAAAGCCAUUCGCUGCCAAUGUUUUUCAGCGUUUUCACUUUCAAGACCUCCUGCCUGCAGACCUCCACUGUCAGGCUGCUUCCGUUGGAGGGUCCACUGUCAGAACGGGAAAUGCACGGGAUAAUUUCAAAAUAAAACGGCAAACAUACUUAUGGUUGUAAUUGAUGCAUUUCAAUAUAAAAUGUUACGUAAAAUCUAUCAAUCAAUUAUAGUUAGUAUAUAGCUGUCAUUUAACAUACACAGGGUUGUACUUUUUCAAAAUGAACGAAUGGCCACUAUAGGUUUCAACAUAAAACGCUAACAUACUUCCGGUGUUCUGACUAUCCGUGCAUCCUACCGCAGCGUGUUAUGAUAGUUUUGCUCUUGUUUACAGUUCAGUAACACACUUAUUAAGCACAUUUUUCUUUAAAUAGGUGAUAUCGCUCAAAAAUACAGAACUGUAGUGUAAUUAUUAGCAAAAAUAUACAGUGUUUGUUGUGUUUAUGAAAAAGACUCAUAAUUCUGUGGAUGUUGGUCAACAAUGGGAGAAAUUUAUUGUUUACAGUAUAAUAACGAUAUUUUACAAGCCAUUUACAAGCUAACUCAGGUAAACAUAGCAGUAAUAUAACAACUUCUAGAGUUAGCGCGUCUCUUCAGGUAAACAGCCUGUGACGUAGUAAUCGGCCUGCACAUGCGGAUUUCCCCAAAGCAUCACAUAUGGACGAGUAGCAGGGAUAGUCGGAACACCGGUCGUCAUAUUUCUAAAUAAAAUCCUGAAUGCUGUUUCGGUUGAAUCGCUCUCCUCACUAACACAUUCAUUUUUUUAUAUUAUGUAAAAUCUAUCAAUUAUUUAUCUAUAGUUCAUAUACAGUUGGCAUUUAUUUAGUAAAUCUUGUUUUGUUUGAUGUUGGUUGAAACCUAUCCCUGCCAUUCGUUAAUUCAUUUUGAAAAAUUACUAUCGUAAGUAUGUUUGCCAUUUUAUUUUGAAAUGUAUCCCGUGCAUUUCCCGUCCUGACCGGUCCUGACAGUGGCGGUCGUCCUGACAGUGGAGCCUCCACCGGAAGCAGCAUGACAGUGGAGGUCUGCAGCCAGGUGCCUCUCGUAUUUUUAAGAGUCACAGAAUGUUGCGCGAUAGGAUAAUGCCAGCGCGAUAGGAUAAUGCCAAUGCCAAUACUAAGAGUAGACUCUCCUCUUAAAUCAGGAACAAUCCGCGCGUUUCAAGCGUUAUCCAUUUUUUCAUAAUCCGUUGUUGAAUUGUGAUCGGCAGAAGCUUUUCCGGUUCGAGCCUCACUGUUUUUACAGCAACGGCCCAAAACGAUCUGCUAACACAUGGAUUUUCUGCCUCCUGAUCACAUGAUGUGUGACGUACGUAGAUGAAGAUCGGCUUUAGAGCUGGGAUAUUUGUUCUCACAGUGCGGUGGCUCGUUCCGACGCCCACACACGAGGCUGAAGUUAGCUUCCGAUUCCAGAUUCCGAUUCGGGAAACGGCUAAAGGGCGAUUACACCCAAUUUCUCUACUCUGUCCAUCUUUAAUCUGCUCUGGCUCAAAAACUACAACAGCCACACUGUUCAAACCUGUUCUAGAUUAUUCUACAAUAAUAGCAGAUCAAAUAAAACAUUGUGGGGUUUGUGAAGCCUUUUCCUGAUUUGUGAAACUUCAACAAAGCCUGAUUUAUGCGUUUUUCAGCAUCUGGCCAACACUGGAACAGCUGUAGCUCAAGAAGCACAGCCCCUGCACUAUAUUGAAACCUGUUCUACAUUAUUCUACUAUAAUAGCAGAUCAGAUGAAACAGUGUGGGAUUUGUGAAACCUUUCCAUGAUUUGUGAAACAUCAACACAGCUUGUAUUUUCUCAGUGACAUGUAGCACAGUUAUAGAACAGCCACAACUAUGCAAACAUUACUUUGAUGUUUGCAUGUCUUAAUUAAAAACAAGCAGAAAUAUUCAGCCUCAAACUUUACUCUCCCACAUUCCAGAGAACUUCAAGUAAUUGAAUGUCUCUCCAUUUCUGUCCUGAGUUUCAUGAAAAGUUCUGCCUUUUCGCUGCAAAAAAAAAAAAAGAAUUUUUCAGGUAUUAUAUUUCUCCAUUCCCAAAGACAUACAAAAAAUCUUUUUCUUGCAGUUAUCUUCAGAGACUCAGAUUGUCUUACCUCUCAUCCAUCUCACCAUCCUCAGUCAUUUCCACUGCCUCAGCCCUGGUUAGCCCUUGGACCUUUGAGUGCUUUUGCUGAUGCCUGUGUUACAUAAAACGGUUCAUUAAAAAAGUUUUUUCAAGAUUUAUCGUGCUUUAUAAUAACGUAUUCACUAAUUUUCCACUGACAUUUGUCCUAAUUUCAGACUCUGGUUCACCUUGCCUAUUCCUACCCAGAUCUAGCAUCUGUGUGAUCACAACUGGACCUUCUUAAAAUAUUUCUUGAAUCUACAAUAUUUCUUGCCACUAUAGUGGUCUUUAUUCAUUAGUAAAAGGGAUGAAAGAUAGUCUAAAAUAAAAGUGGAUCACAUAAAGCAAAUCAAUUAUCCUAGAAUAGCAUGUACUCCUCUCAAACUGUGCUCACAAUCUACCUCAAAGCUACCUCACUCAUUAUUAGUUUGUAUUAAUGUACCAAAAUAGUAACCUGGUUAUAUUUGUGUAUGUACAAGUAAAUUACAUAAAUAUUAAAAUAUUGUGGACAAUGA